AUGCAGAGUUCCGAAGUCGCAGAUAUCAUCAUUGACGAUCCUCAACAGGGGGCGCCGAUGGAGAUGGACGACCACCCGAACGUGCAUGACUUCGAGGCGUAUGCUGCGCGGGCCAUGCCCGAUCUCGGGCUGGAGAUUGAAGACUUCCAGGCGCAGACAUGGCGGAUCGAGCGCUGGAGUCAGCAGCCAAAGAGGCUGGUAGGGCCCGAAUUCUCCUGCGGUGGACACAAAUGGCGGAUACUGCUCUUCCCACAAGGCAACGCCAAUGGACAGCCGAACGAUAUGGUGUCUGUCUAUCUUGACUAUGCCAAUCCCAAAACCGCCCCCGAGGGGUGGCAUGCCUGCGCCCAGUUCUGCUUGGCCAUCUCCAACCCCGCCGACCCUACCAUCCAGACCUCAUCCCAUGCCCACCACCGUUUCGUCGCCGAAGAAUGCGAUUGGGGAUUCACGCGCUUUGUCGAUCUGCGGAAACUGUACACGCCAGACCCAAGCGGCGGGAAGGCCAAGGCGACGAUAGAUAAUGACGAGGUGGAGAUCACGGCGUUCGUGAGGGUCUUGAAGGAUCCAACGGGUGUUUUAUGGCACAACUUUGUUAACUAUGACUCCAAGAAGGAGACGGGCUACGUCGGUUUGAAGAACCAAGGCGCUACCUGCUACAUGAACUCUCUCCUCCAAUCUCUCUUCUGCACCAACUAUUUCAGAAAGGCGGUAUACCAAAUACCUACCGAUCAGGACAUCCCCUCCGAAUCCCUUCCCCUCGCUCUCCAAAGAGUAUUCUACCACCUCCAGACGUCGCCAGGACCAGUCGGAACGACCGAGUUGACAAAGUCGUUUGGUUGGAAGUCACUAGAUGCGUUCAUGCAGCACGAUGUGCAGGAGUUUAGUCGGAUCUUGCAGGAUAAGCUGGAGGCAAAGAUGAAGGGGACACCUGCGGACGAUGCUAUUCCUCGGCUGUUCAAGGGGCAGAUGAAGAACUUCAUCAAAUGCUUGAACGUCGAUUACGAGUCAUCCGUCACGGAGGACUUUUACGACAUCCAGCUCACCAUCAAGGGGCUCAAGACGCUCCGAGAAUCGUUCCUCGACUACAUCCAGAACGAGACCCUUGUCGGGGACAACAAGUACAUGGCGGAGGGGUAUGGUCUGCAGGAUGCGCAGAAGGGUGUCAUCUUCAAGGCAUUCCCACCUGUCUUGCACUUGCAGUUGAGGCGGUUCGAGUAUGAUGUAGAGAAGGAUGCUCUCGUCAAGAUCAAUGACCGUCACGAAUUUCCCUUCUCGAUCGACCUUGGCGAGUUCCUCGAUGCCUCGGCCGACCGGACCCAGUCGCACGUGUACAAGCUGCACGGUGUCCUCGUUCACUCUGGCGAUCUGCACGGCGGGCACUACUUUGCGCUCAUCAAGCCCGAAAAGGACGGUCGGUGGUUCAAGUUCGACGAUGACCGGGUGACACCCGUCACGGACAAGGAGGUGCUGGAGGACAACUACGGAGGGGAUAUGGGGAACGGGUCGUUGCCGCAGCAGCAGCGGACGCAGGCGCGGACGCUCAAGAAGUUUACGAAUGCGUACAUGUUGGUGUAUAUCCGCGAGACGGAGCUGGAUACUGUCAUGGCGCCAUUCAAGGAGAGCGAUACACCUUCGCACCUCAAAUCUCGUCUUGAUGCCGAGCGGGAACAACUCGAAGCGAAGCGUCGCGAACGGGACGAGCAGCACCUCUACCUUACCGCCAAAGUCAUCACGGACGAGAUCUUCCAGCGGCAUGAAGGCUUCGACCUCGCCUCGUUCGAUGACCGGAAUCUGCCCGCUACCGACCUGCCCACUUUCCGGAUCAUGAAGACCGAGACGUUUGCGGUGUUCAAGCAGCGGAUCGCAUCGUAUUUUAAGCUCUCGGAGAGGGACUUCCGGCUCUGGGUGUUGGUGAAUCGCCAGAAUAAGACGAUCCGACCGGAUGUGCCGGUUCAUGAUAGCGAGAACAACCAGACGAUGGACAAUAUCCGGAAUAAUAUGGCUGCUCGUGCGGCUGAUCUGAGGCUGUAUCUCGACUUCAACCCUGACCACCAGCGCUUCAAUGCUCUCCACGCCGACCCCAACAACCCACCCAUCAUGGUCUUCCUCAAAUGGUUCAAUGUCGACCGGCAACAACUCAUCGGGCAAGGCAAGGUAUUUGUCAACAAGGCGUGGAAGAUUGCCGAUCUGGUGCCGCUCAUCCAGGAGAAGAUGGGCUGGGACAACUCUGUCCCCAUCAAGCUCUUCGAGGAGAUCAAGGCGGGUAUGAUUGAGGUGAUGAAGGUCAAGCAGACGUUUAUGCAGAAUGAGAUUCAGGAUGGGGAUGUUAUCGCCUUCCAGGUUGAGAAGUCCGAGAAGGAGGUGCAAGAUCUCGAAGCGCAGAACCUCUACCCUACCGUUCCCCAAUACUACGACUUCCUGCAGAACCGGGUCUUGGUCCAGUUCAAGCCGCGGUAUGAGGACAACCCAGGCCGGUCAGCCGACUUUGACAUCAUGCUCAGCAAGAAGAUGACAUACGAGGUGAUGGCAAGCCGCGUGGGCGAUUAUCUCAAGCACGACCCGCUCAAACUCCGAUUCACUUCGUCCAACCCCCAAUCUGGCGCUCCCAAGGCGGUCAUCAAGCGGGCGCUCAACCAGAGCGUCGCGGAUAUCACGCAGACGAAUUAUUACUCGCAACAUCCGAACGUCAUUGUCUACUAUGAGAUUCUGGAUAUUUCGAUUGUGGAGCUCGAGACGAAGAAGAGUUUGAAGGUUGUAUGGACGGGACGGAACAACAAGGAAGAGGCGACACACUCUUUCCUCCUUCCCAAGACAUCAACAUUCACCGACCUUUCCGAACAACUCUCCAAGCAGGUCAAACUCCAGCCUGGCGGAUCGGGCCGAAUUCGGGUUUUCGACAUUGCCUCGACCGGACGUGCUCAGAAAGAGUACACGGGCUCGGAAAUGAUCGGCAAUUUGAAUGAACCGGUUGAGCUGUAUGCGGAGGAAGUACCGCAAGAAGAAUUGAAUGCGGGGGAUAAUACGCGGAUAGUGAAUGUGUUUCAUUAUUCCAAGGAACCGAGUCGGAUACAUGGGGUUCCGUGCAAGUUUGUGCUUCUCGAGGGUGAAGUGUUUACCGAGACACGGACGAGAUUACAAGAAAGACUGGGCGUGGCGGAUAAGGACUUUGCGAAAUACAAGUUCUCGCUUGUUACUUCGGGUGUCUUCAAGCAGCCAUCACCAAUGGAAGAUGAUGAUGUCCUGUUUGAGCACAAAUGGGCGGGAGAUGACGCGAUCGGGGUGGAUCAUUAUGAUCGGAGGCCAAACAAGUCGACGGCGGAGAAGGGGAUCGUUAUGCGCUAG